UGGGGAUAGUAUUAUUCUAACACAAUUUUCAGUGUCGAAAAUAGUACUAAUCAAAGGAUUUAAUUCACUAACUAUAAAAUCCUACACACGACGAUACCUAAACUUCACAUGGUCAAAUUCCAUAUCAUUUUCAUGAUCUAGACCAUUACAUUUUUAUUUUUAUUUUUAUGAUGCACCCUUGUUUUCCCUAUGAAUUUCUAAACCAUUUAAAUGACAUAAAUCACAAUAAAUACCUAAACCCACUUAAACAUGUUUUGACAUAACAUUUAUUCUGUACAAACUUACAAACUUUCGUCAUGAGUCGUCGGAUCUACUACCCCAUGGUCCAACUAAGAGGGGAUCAAAACGUCCACUUAAACGUGUUUUCAUAUAACCUCCGGUACUUAACCAACGUUAUAUUAUCUUUGAUUUCAACCACUCAUUUGGACAGCACACGAGCUUUGUCAUGUAUCAAGUGGGAUGGGCUUGGCUUAUGGUCCAUGACGGGUCAUAUGGCCUAUCUACUCCCUCUUUUACCCCUAGCCCACUGUCCUGAUUCCUUCUCCAUUUUAAGUAUUCCUCGGUCCAACAAAAAAUGUCUCAAUUUUGAUUAAAUUUGAAUGAAUCUAUACACCAAGUCAUAUCUAGAUACAUUCAAAUUUUGACAAACUUCAGACAUCUUUUGUUGGACGGAGGGAGUACUUUCUUCUUCAUUUUGGGUCCUUCUUUCUUGCAAUUAAGUCCUUUUGUUUCAUUUUGGUUCCUCUCGACUUGUCUUCUGCCAUGUCGACUACUCCAUGGAGUAGCUUAGGCGUUCUCCUACGUCCACGAUAGCAACGGUGAGCAGCGCUAAUGCUACAUAUUGCAACUUUGCCGGCCGGAGCCAUGGCGCAACAUGUCCAGUAGUACCACUACAACCACUAACCCCUAUUACCUUAUCUUCUUGGCCGCCGUCAGCGUCCUACUACUCCUGCUCCCUAGUCUUCUCCUCGCCAAGCUCAGGCGGCGGCCGUGCAAGCCGGGCGCCAUGAACCCUCCACCCGGGCCGUGGCAGCUGCCGGUGAUCGGAAGCCUGCACCACCUCGUGGGAGCACUCCCGCACCGCGCCAUGCGGGACCUGGCGCUGCGGCACGGCCCGCUGAUGCUGCUCCGCAUGGGCGAGCUCCCCGUGGUGGUGGCCUCCUCCGCCGACGCGGCCAGGGAGGUGAUGAAGACCCACGACGCGGCGUUCGCCACGCGGCCCCGGACGGACACCAUCCGCACCAUCACGCGCGACGGCCUCGGCAUCGUGCUCGCCCCGCACGGCGACCACUGGCGGCAGGUACGUAAGCUUUGCGUCACGGAGCUGCUGAGCGCGCGCCGGGUCCGCUCCUUCCGCGGCUCCCGCGAGGCCGAGGCCGACAGCCUCGUCGCGUCUGUGGCGUCGGCGUCGGAGGGGAAGGCAGUCAACGUCAGCUACCUCGUGGCCACUUACGUGGCCAACGCGGUCGUUCGCGCCGUGGUGGGCGGCCGGAUCGAGGACAGCGACGCCUUCUUGGCGAGCCUGGAGGAGGGCGCCAAGGUGGCCGCCGGGUUCAGCCUCCCCGACCUGUUCCCGUCGUCGCGGCUCGCGCGCGCGCUCAGCGGGACGGCGCGGCGGGUGGAGGCCGUGGUCGGCGAGCUCAGCCGGCUCAUGGACGCGGUCAUCGAGGAUAAACGUGACAGGAGGUCCGGAGCCGGCGACGAGGAAGAGGACAUCCUGGACGUGCUGCUGAGGCUCCAGCACGUGGACGACGCGCCACUCGACAUUGGAACCAUCCGUGCCGUCAUCAGGGAUCUGUUCGGGGCUGGGAGCGAGACCUCGGCGACGACGCUCCAUUGGGCCAUGUCGGAGCUCAUGCGGAACCCGGCGGCGCUCCGCAGAGCGCAGGCUGAGGUGCGCGGUGUCCUCGCGGGGCUGGGUCACAGCCGCGUCCGGGAGGACGCCCUGCCGGAACUGCGCUACCUGCAGCUGGUGAUCAAGGAGACGCUCCGGCUGCACGCGCCGGUGCCGUUGCUCCUCCCGCGGGAGUGCCGAGAGCCCUGCCGCGUCAUGGGCUACGACGUGCCGCAAGGCGCCAUGGUGCUCGUCAAUGCGUGGGCCAUCGGCAGGGACGCCGCCAGCUGGGGCCCCGACGUCGAGGAGUUCAGGCCGGAGAGGUUCGAGGACGCCGUGCCUGCGGUGGACUUCAAGGGGUCGGACUUCGAGUUCGUGCCCUUCGGUGCUGGCCGGAGGAUGUGCCCCGGGAUAACCUUCGGCGUAACUGUCAUGGAGCUCGCCCUGGCGAGCCUCCUCUUUCACUUCGACUGGGAGCUCCCGGAAGGUGCCAGUGGGCUGGACAUGGAGGAGGCCCUCGGGAUCACAGCGAGGAGGAAGAACAACUUGUGGCUGCGAGCCAGUGUUCAUGCGCCUUAUUAGUGCCUACCACUCUCUAGUUAUUCCUUUGAGAUGUUUCAUUUGUGAAGGGAUAAGAGAUUCAUCAAGAUCUCUUCGCACAUGUGUAGGUAAAACAUUGAAGAGGACCGCGUAGGAGUUUAUGCGCGGAGAAAUGAGUUCUUUACAGUUCACGCGUGGGUAAAACAUUGACACAGGGGUAUUUUGCUAGUAAAUGCAAAAUGUUUUGAACUAACAUGUGCAAUUAGAUAUUAUGACCGAAUGUCCAACAAA